CAUCACCAAAAGCAUGUAGAAUAUGUAUACCAAGCUAUGUAUCAGCACAGAAACUUUCAUUCGAAACGGUGCCGCUUUGCUGCACCAAUCUUGGAAGGCGCGCUCUUGUUCGUUCCUUCCCCAAGACACGCGGCGCGCAGCACCUACAUGUCACACAUCACGUCACCCUCAAGCAUUUCAGUCCGUCGAGUGCAUCUAGGGCGUCUAGCACCUAUUUCCCUUUUGGCGCAAGCACUCCAUUAUGACGCUUCCGGGCCUCCAAAGCAGAGCUGCCAGCCUUACGUUAAGUGCGACCUUCCAACCUCCUCACACGCACACCCAGAGGCACGAGGACUCGCUGCUGAAAGUCCCCGCUAGCAACACCGAUGCACUUCCACCCCAUCUCCACGGAGCAACGCACGGCGACGUGCUCUCGGAGGCAACCCGCCACAACAAGCACACGCCUCCGACUUCUUCCAUCGAUCCUUCCCCUGACUCAAACUUGUACCCCAUGUCUUCCCAGUCCUCUAUCGCCCAGCUCGAUGGUCCCCAAGACCACCGGCCGCGCACGCACAUCUACACCCUCCCGCCGUCCCUCAUGACACCACAGCUUCACGGCAAAGCUAACAACCAACCCCCAAAAUCGGCAUACCGCGAUCUGCUGCCUUACUGCACGGUCGACACGCCGCUGACGGAGCAGCAAGUCGUUCGGCUAAGCGACAUUGCGGGGAGUCUGAGGGAGGUGGUGGCUCUUGCGGUGAGGGCGAGGACGAAUGAGAGGGCGAGGGCGGUGUUGAGGGAGGCGCUAGGGGAGGGGGUCGCUAGGGGGGUUGUGGAGUUUUGGGAAGAGGAGUUUGAGGUUUGAGGAUGAGGGAGUGGGGGAGGGGGAUGUGAGUGAAUGAAUGAGUGAGUUAGUGGGUACGGAAGAUGAGGUUUUAGUUGGGACGAUGUGGUGGACGGGCGUGGGAAGUGGGUUCGCUGGCACCGCCAUGCUGGGGAGGACAUCUAUCAAAUGGCACUCACGUAGAGGGCAAACACAAUGGCACACACCAAAAAAGACCAUCUACGUGGAAGAAGAAAAGACCGGCUCCAAUAGCCGGGAUGCAUCAUUGAAACGAAU